UCGCUGUAUUUUUGACCGAGGACUUCCCCGCACUUGAUCCCUCGACCGAUGCUCAUCCAUAUCACUCCGUCGGAUACCGAACUGUGCACCAGGUACUCACCCUAAUGACAAAGAUUACAGCACAUUCUUCCUGUGAGAAACGCGAGAGCUUUACCUGAGGCGACGUGAAAGAAGAAAAUGCCUCAACACUUAACAAUCGGCCUCUCACAAUCCCACACCCUUUCCUCACUUCAAGCGACGCUCGCAGCACUAAAAGACACCACCAAACAUGCCGCACAGAAGGGCAUUUCGAUCCUCCUCUUCCCCGAAGCAUACCUCGGCGGCUAUCCACGUACAUGCUCAUUCGGCGCCGCCGUAGGUGCCCGCACAGACACCGGACGAGACCAAUUCCUCGCAUACACCAAGUCCGCAGUCGACCUAGGAGACACGCCGAACGGCGCAGGCGAUGACUGGCUAGACCAUAAACUACCCGUGAACAAAGAGACUGGACGCCGUGGCGACGGCACUCGAGAGUUCCUCGAAGACCUAGCCCGCGAGACAGGAGUAUUCAUUAUCACGGGUAUCGUCGAAAAGGCAGGAGGCAGUCUCUACUGUGCGGCCCUAUACGUUGACCCGCGGCGUGGAAUCAUAGGCAAAAGGAGGAAAGUCAUGCCCACGGGAUCCGAAAGGCUAGUAUGGGCUCAGGGCUCGGCGUCGACACUGAAAGCCGUUACCGCGACUAUCAAGGGCGUUCGAGUCGUCAUGGGGACCGCAAUCUGCUGGGAAAAUUAUAUGCCUCUUUUGCGCUACAGUAUUUACAGCCAGGGAGUGAACCUAUGGCUAGCACCCACUGCAGACGCGCGAGAUACAUGGGAGCCGCUGAUGCGCACGGUGGCAUGCGAGGGACGGUGUUUUGUGCUCAGCGCGAACCAGUGCAUCAAGAAGAAGAAUCUCCCUGCUUGGAUUACUGGGUCACAGCCACAGAGUAGGCCAGACCAGAAGGCACAGAACGGCGCCGACGUGAGGUUACAUGAGACGUUGGCCAACGGUAUUCCCGAUGGCUCACUUCCCAAACGGAGACUAUCCAUGACCAAGACGGAAGAGAACCACGAAAUCGCGUAUAAAUGCGAGAACGAGACGAUCGACGAGACGAAACCGCUUGAGAGCUCAAAAACGGAUGUAACCACCGACAGCGACGGCGAGGAAUUCGUAUCCGUCGGCGGGUCCUGUAUCGUCAAUCCAAUGGGCAAGACCAUCGCCGGGCCAGUCUGGGAGAAGGAGCACGAGCUCCUAUAUGCUGAGGUCGACUUUGAAGACUGUGAUAGGGGACAUUUGGACUUUGAUGCAUCAGGACACUAUUCGCGGCCCGAUGCUUUCAAAUUGACGGUCGAGGGGCUGGACCUCAAUCCGCCGCCUUAAAUUAGCUAUGUUUCCUGUACACAUCCCGGAUGAAAUUUGGCGAAGCGUUGCGAUCCAGAAUGUCUUGCCGCAUAAAUUACAAUAGUCCACCACCUGAAGAAGAUGGAAUCGUACUCAAAGAUCGGCAAGAUAAUUACUCUUGUCUCGUACUAUACCGUAGUGGUAAGCAUCCAGCUCAAGAUCAAUCGACAGAAAACGUUCGACCGAGCAAG